GCCACAUCAUCAGCUCUAUUCACAGCUGGCAGCCUGUCAUGCAUCUCAUGCAAAGGAGGUGUGGCUACACUAUAGUGGAGGAUUUAACCAUUGGCCGAACACUCUAUAGUAUAAAGGUUAACUGUAUAGCGCAGCUUUGUACGCAUGAACGAGCGCUGUCACAGAAGGCGUUUUCAGUCAUUUGUGAUUUAUAAGUACUCUAAGCAACAAGUGGUUUUGAACAACUAGAACUUAGAGGCAAUAAGUGGUCUGUUCCGUUUCACUUGACAAGACCACAAAAAACGUUCAUCAAGAUGACACAAGUUGCAAAUGGUGUCGCAGGUCAUGACAUCAACAGCAAUCCGGACCCUUAUGGCAUUCGCUCGCCAAAGCAACAUAACAAGGAGGUUGCCACCAACGUAUAUGAGCAGGUUCACCAUGUCUCGCGUGACAAGCGUGGGCAGGUUAUGGGCAUGCGCGGAGGAUUCCGCGGCUGUACUGUCUGGUUCACUGGCUUGUCUGGCGCCGGUAAGACUACCAUCAGUUUUGCCUUGGAGGAAUACCUGUGCCACCAUGGCAUCCCAGCUUACUCCUUGGAUGGUGACAACAUGAGGAAAGGCCUGAAUAAGAACCUGGGCUUCUCUCACGUCGAUCGAGUGGAGAACAUUCGUCGUGUCUCGGAGGUGGCUAAGCUGUUUGCUGACGGCGGUGUGGUGUGUCUGAACUCCUUCAUUAGUCCCAAUGCAAAGGAUCGUCAAGAGGCCAAGGCAUUGCAUAGGACCAGCGGUCUUCCAUUCUAUGAGGUUUACGUCAGCACCUCGUUGGAGGUCUGUGAGUCACGUGAUGUCAAGGGAUUGUACAAGAAAGCUCGGGCAGGGAUCAUUAAAGGAUUCACUGGUAUUGAUCAAGAGUAUGAAGCGCCUGACGAUCCAGACAUCAACCUCAACGCUGGGGCCUUGACUGUGGAUGAAUGUGUGGAGAAGUUGAUCAAGUUUCUACAGGGAGAGGGUAUCAUCCCUGAGUCUGCUGUAGAGAGUGUCAAGGAACUCUUUGUGCCUCAGUCAGCUCAAGAUGCUGCCAAGAAGGAGGCAGAAACUCUGGAUUGUGUGGAACUCAACAAGGUUGACAUGCAGUGGGUUCAGGUCCUUGCGGAGGGUUGGGCGUCCCCUAUGACAGGCUUCAUGCGGGAGCGUGAGUUCUUGCAGUGUCAGCACUUCAACUGUGUCCUUGAUGGUGGGGCUAUCAACCAAUCAGUGCCUAUCGUUCUGGCAGUUACCCUAGAGGACAAGGAGCGACUGUCCAAUAAGGAGGCCUUUGCUCUGUCUUACGAGGGGCGUCGCGUCGCUAUUCUACGUUCGCCAGAGUUCUAUGAGCACCAUAAGGAAGAGCGCUGCUGUCGUCAAUGGGGUACCAGCAACCAAGGCCAUCCUUACAUCAAGAUGGUGAUGGAGAGUGGAGAUUGGUUAGUGGGCGGUGACUUGGAAGUACUUGAUCGUAUACGUUGGAACGAUGGCCUGGAUGAGUAUCGUCUGACCCCCAACGAACUCCGAGCUAAAUUCCGUCAGUUGGGCGCCGACGCAAUCUUUGCAUUCCAGCUACGUAACCCUGUCCAUAACGGCCAUGCUCUACUUAUGAAUGAUACCAAACGCCGCUUGAAGGAACGUGGAUACAAGAAACCCACACUUCUACUUCAUCCUCUAGGUGGUUGGACUAAGCAAGAUGAUGUACCUCUUCCAGUGCGUAUGAAGCAGCAUCAUGCCAUCUUAGAGGAGGGAGUUCUUGAUCCUGAGAGUACUGUCCUUGCUAUCUUCCCUUCUCCCAUGAUGUAUGCUGGUCCCACGGAGGUUCAAUGGCACGCCAAAGCUCGUAUGUCCACCGGUGCCAACUUCUACAUUGUGGGGCGUGACCCCGCUGGUAUGCCGCACCCAGACGGUACCCGAGACCUCUAUGAUCAUUCCCAUGGCAGAAAGGUGUUGACCAUGGCUCCAGGUCUGACCCAGCUUGAGAUUAUACCAUUCCGCGUCGCUGCCUAUAACAUUAAGAAGAAAGCUAUGGACUUCUUUAAUCCAGAGAAGAAGGAAGACUUUGACUUCAUAUCUGGCACUCGCAUGCGUAAGCUGGCACGCUCAGGAGAAUUACCUCCAGAAGGCUUCAUGGCACCACUCGCUUGGACCAUUCUGUCCGACUACUACAAGUCUCUGCAGCAGAAGUAAUGCAGGAGCACCCCCUCGUGUGGUGACCCUGUGUGGCAACAGCGCCCUCAUGUGGUGACCUUGUCAGCUGAUAAUACACCUGCGUUAUCUGAGCAAUCAAUUUUAAUAAAGUGAACUAGUUUCUUGUAGGUUAUAUCGUCGAUGUCUUGUUUUAAAGGCGCGGUUUUUUUUUAGAAAUGGUUGACUGGAAUUUGAAAAAGUUCACUGACCCUUGACGUGCACAUGGAAUCUUGUGAUUGACUUGUCAAGUCGCUCAAUGCAUGUACUAAGUUCAUGACAAUCAGAACAUCAGAAUGCAUUUCUGUAAAUUCUGUGAAAACUGAACAUUUUCAAAUCUCUUUUCUUGAUUUGUCUUUGCAAACUCCUUUUUCUGUUUUCACUUCUUGUGGUCAGUUGAAUUAUUUCCUUGGUCAGACAAAAUUCGGAAUGCAGCUUUUAUUGUUCAAAGUCUUCCAUAAUAUGAUUUCAGAAAAGUUAGCUGUUCUUUUAUUGGUCAUUUUAUUCCAUAUUCCAGCUCCCUUUACUGUAAGUGCACUGAAUUAUGUUGCUUUUUAAAUGAAUUUGCUCGUAGCUAUUGUUUUUGUUUCAUAUGCCAUUUCAUUAUGUCAUUAUUUCAAAUUCAAGUCCUAAGUCCAGUUGUCAUAGUGAAAAUAAUGUAUACCAAAUAUUUGUGUUAGUUGUUUACCUCAUAUUUUUGUUAGUUUUAGUGUGUUGUUUCUAUGGUCUCGCUAAAUCCAACAAUGCAGUAACCUUUUACCAAUUUCAUGGGCUGCUACUCAGAGAAAUUUGCUAUAAAACGGCAAAAAGUUUCAAAGGAAAAGCGGCUUUGCAACAGAUGAGCUUGGGCAUGUUUUGCAGAGUUUAUGUAAACGUGUGUGUUAUGCAAAGUUCUGGAGUUAGCAGCUUCAUCCAAUCUGCCUGUAGGCUUUUUAUGCUUCACGUGUGCUAAUUUAAUAGAGUCUUAAGCUGUUGUCCAAAGCCAUUAGAAUUAUUGUUUAAUGAAGGCAUAAUUUUCCACUUGUAGCAUUGUUUUCAUAAAAGGAACUGUGAACGGCAUUCUAGUGAAGGAUUUAAUUGAUUAUGCAUAUUGCAAAAUUGCACUCGUAUUGCAUAGUGCAUUCAUAGUGCAUUCAAUUGAUCGCUCAACUUGCUUUGAUACUUUGUGUUUUUAAUUAGUUAGGACAUGUUUGAAGGUGUAUUCAUGUAUUCGUGUGUAUUUAACUUGUACGUCUUAUGAGCACAACUUUUAGAACAAAGAAAGCACUAGAAAAUGCUGCGUAAAGUCAGACUUAAUAGUUUGUUCGUUCAAUUGGCCGUUCAGAUGACAUGCAAAUCUAUACAAGUGCCUGUCACGUACCAUAUAUAAACUUUUUAAAAUAUCUGAACAAAUUUUGUGCAGAAAACAAAUUAUGACCAGUUAAAAAUGCCGAACUGCUCAGUGGUCUUGUACAAUAAACUUAUGUAUGGAGAAUCAUGAAUUCAACAAUGCUACUAUGAGGGAAUUUGAAAGGUUAGUGAUGCAACAGAGAGGACGUUGUUUUAAAUGUGCAAGGGUCCAACAAUUUAUGUUAAUCACUGUAUUAAUACUUAUCAUUCCAUGAAAUAGUCUAUGAACUGGACUGAUAGAGGGCGCUGUUCAUUGAUCCUCGGUUACAUAUAAAUGAUUCGUCAUGAAAUCAAUUUAUCAAAAACUUUGGCAUCGCUUACUUUUUGCAUUGCCUCUUGGUUUGACUCCAGGUUCUAUUCGUCAGUGACAAUUUGUAAUGUUAAGUUUUUAAACUGGAACAAAUUACAGAAACAUGCAGUUUCCAAUCCUUCAGCGUUACAGAAAUUCCUAUUUGUCGUAGUGUGGAUUUGUUCAUUUUUGGAAGUGUGUAAUUAAGUGUGUGUUUUCAAGUAUGUCAAGGUUGAAAAUUGCUUGUUUCUGAAUUCCUUGUUUUAAUUUGGGGCUCCUAGACUUGUUUAAUACUUUGAUUUUUCUUAAAUCCAAAGUCUUCGUUUCAGAUGCAUUUAUCAAAUAAAAUUAACUCUUGUCUUGCAGUUUUUAUGAUUAUAAAAGAAUAUCUUAAAAGUUGGGUCAUGAAUGAGUGUAGGACUGCCAAUGUAAUAAUACAGAGCCUAUUUUUCUAAGUCAAUAAUCAUGGCAUUAAAGAAUUAAAUUGAUAAAGUUACAAAGAGUACAAAAUAAACCUUCUUUUUAAUGCA